AUAUACGGCACAAAAAUAACUGUUUCUUGUUUAUUAGUUUGUAGACUUACACAUCAAUAAAUAAAAUGAGUUGCCCUAUGAGUUUUGGCGAACUAAACAUUCCGUCCUCGCGUGCCUUUUGGGACGACUGUGAGGAAGACGAAUUGGACAGCAAUCAGGACCCGGAAAAAUUGGACCUUAAAUUCCAGGAAGGGGCACAAGAAACACCUAUUCCUAGCGAACUGUUUGUACUUAUCGAAGGACCUAAUAUAGAAGGCUUUGGAAAUGCAGUGAUAAAGGAGCAAUCUUCGCGAGUCAUUUGUGACAUACCACCGAAGAAAUCCACAUCCAAAUUAGCCUUCAAUGCGUCUAACAAACAACUGUUGGCUGUACUGGAGGACGAGUUGUCAUACAGUGGAGAAAUAACGGAGCUACUUAUACCAUACGCUCAGGUUGCCAAGAAUGUGUUCACUAUUACGCUGAAGCCAAAGGUCGAAUACAAGAGCGAGGAAAUAAACAAGUACAGCGACGAUAUAACAAUUGUGCGUGGUGUGGAUGCCAAUUUAAAAGGCGUCAUAGAACUGGAGGCACCUAAUUUUAUUGUUGGAGUUACCGCAGGCAUUGCCAGCUGGUGCAAGCAAUCCAAUCAUCCAUGUAGCUCAUACAUUAUUUACACCGACAAGUUGCCUUUAGAUGAAAUAGCUGCUCAGCCGGUGCUAAAGCUACUUCAGAAAUUAGGUGUCCCUUGCAGCACAAGUUACACCCCACCUAGGAAAGACGAUUCCCACUUGUACUCUUAAAGCAAAGAACAAAAAAGUGGAUUAGCUUAUUUCUUUUUUCAAAAUAUAUGUAUGGUUCAGGCUUUAAAUUUGAAUGAAAAAAUAAACAUUUUUAAUUACAUGCAAAA